AUGACAGCUUUUAGCAUGAAGAUCAACUGCCUGACGAUCUACUGCCUGACCAACUACGGCCCGAAUAUCUAUGGCCUGAACAACUACGGCACGACAAUCUACAGUCUAAUGAUCUACGGCAUGACGACCUAUGGUUUAAUCAUCUACAGCUUGACCAUUUACAGCAUGACGAUCAACAACCUGACGAUCUACUAUGGCAUAAGGAUGUAUGGUCUGACAAUCUACGGCCUGACGACUUACAGGCUGACGUUCUACGGCCUGAUGAUCUAUGGUCUGGCGAUGUACUAUCUAACGAUCUACGGCCUGACGAUCUACUGCCUGACCAACCACCGUCUGAUCAUCUACGGCAUGAUGAUCUUUGGUUUUACUACCAUCUACAGCUUGACGAUCUACAGCCUGACGAUCUACUGUGGCAUGACGAUGUAUGUGGUCUGA